AGCGGGUUUCAUAAAGAUUCGUUGAUUCCUCGAUCAUCUGAUUGCUCAUUCAAAUUUCAUCGGCCGAUCAACUAAAUUCGCGUUUCAUAAAACUUGAUUGUGAAAUCAGAAACCUCGGUCAGUUAAUUGGGGAAUACAAUCUGACAACCUCGCUUUUCUGAAGUCCCGAUCAACAGAAACAUAGAAACACCAAAUAAUUUUCAUCGAAAAACUGUGCGUUGUCUAAGAUUAUGACAUUUAUACUUCGUUCUGUGGCGCAAGCGUCACUUCAAUUCAAAUUUUGGUAACAUUGUUGUUGGCGUUGCUUACCGUAGAUAGAGGAAAAUGUUGGGACAAAAAAAAUUCUCACGAAGCGCAAAUUAUACGACGGAAGAUAAAAACUUACUGCUUUCGCUGGUAGAAACCAAAAAAGACAUAGUUGAAUGCAAAAUGACCAAUAAAGUCAGCUCUGAAUAUAAAAGGGAAGCUUGGGAGGAAAUUGCUCGCAAUUUUAAUGCUUGCUCGUCAAUGCCCAGAACCUCCCAACAAUUAAAAACCCUCUACGAAAACCUCAAAAGGAGAGGAAGAAAGGACUUGGCUCUGGAAAAUAAGGAUAGAUAUAGAGAAUUAUUGAGUAAUAUGGAUCAAGGGGAGGAAAACAUAAAUAUCAACCAGUUACAAGAGAAGGCUAGGCAGGAAAAAAAAGAAAUGAUGGCUACGGGAGGAGGGUCAUUCAAAAAUAUGUUGGAUGAUACGGAACGAAGGAUAAUAUCCAUUUUAGGGGACAAUGCCAGACCGUUAGAAAAUCCGUUCGAUGAUGCCAAUAUAUAUUUUGGUGAGUUCGCUCCAGAUAUACAGUUCACAUACUAGCUGAGUUCAAUAUUGGGCCCAUAUCAAUUUUGACAAUUUUAGGCUGGCCUCAUACAUUCGCAAUGUCUUUAUGAAUUCAGAAAUUAAAUCCGUUGUGUGUCAGAUGGCUAAUUUGAAUGAAAAGUGUGUUAUGAAUUCAUAUAAUCUUAAUCAUCAGUGCACUCUGACAGAUCGAUCUGAAAAAUUCAUAAUCUCAAAAAAUCAUAAUGUAUGUGCUGCAUAUUAAAAUUACAUACAAAACCAGAAGUUCUCAAUUUUGUUUCUGAAUUCAGAAAGACAUUCCACCUGUAUAAUAUCAUAUUGUCCAGUUGGGUACAACUACAGCAUGAAAGGUAAGAUUAUAUGAAAAUUUUAAUAGCAAUUUUCAAGGAAGUUCAAGAUGAAAUCAGCAACCUGAUGAAUUUUCCUGAAUUUUGUUAUUUAACACGUUGACUGUCUCAUGCAUCACAUAUGAUUCAUAAAGAUUUUCGCCAGGAGUCCAUGAGUCGUAUGUGAUUCAUUGAUUCAUUUAACGUUCAAGAUAAAUAUGGUUACUUUUCAUGAAAGCUGCAGUGUGGUCGGUUUAUAUGGGCUGAACCUCUUGUAGAAAUAUGUAUUGAUAACCUCAAUCAUAAUUAAUCAUACAUGAUUCAAGAAAUAUCAGCAUCAAGCCUUCCAUUAGACUUGAAAAUUUUGAACAUGAACAGUUCCUUAAAUGGCUGCAGAAUUAAUUUUCUCAUAGAAUAUAUAUUUUAUCACACAUAAGCAACCCUUAUCUUGGGAUGAAUGUGUUGGACGUGGGGGGUAAAAAAAAAAUUAGAAUGGGGACAGUCAACGUGUUAAUGUAUGUUUUGAUUGUAUUAUUCAUGUGAGGUAGAGGAUUUGAGUUAAUAUCAGUUCUCAUAUUUGAUACCAAAAAUGUGAGUUUGAACUUAUGAUACCAUUGCAGUUGAUGUGAACCUUUCACUUUGUUACCUAUAUCAUUUUUAAUUCUGGAAUAUCCAUAAGAAUACAAUAUAAUGUUACAUAACUAACAUUAUUCAGCCAGAUAUCUUCUAUCUCUUCAUUCAUUAUCUGUAUUAUACUAAUUGCUAAUAUGAGUUACUUUUCAGAAUAUCCUAUCCCAGCUGUAGAGACAGAACCCAUUCCUAACCUAGGAGAUCCAGAUCCUAUUCCUGACCAAGGAGUUAAUCCCAUUCCCAACCAAUGCCUUCAUCCAGAACCUUGCGGAGAACUUACCCCUACCUCCUUGCCUCC